AUGGCUCCCACCUACGAGGCAAAUCAUCACGUGCGAAGGAGGGCUUUGCGGAACAACACACGCCCGUGCCUCCGAACGCCAACAUCAUCGGAAACCGCAAUCAUGGGUAUCUCGCGUGACUCUCGACACAAGCGCUCCGCCUCCGGUGCCAAGCGCGCCUACUACCGGAAGAAGCGCGCUUUCGAGGCUGGUCGCCAGGGUGCCAACACCCGUAUUGGCCCCAAGCGCGUCCACACCGUCCGCACUCGUGGUGGUAACCACAAGUACCGUGCCCUCCGUCUCGACUCGGGCAACUUCGCCUGGGGCUCCGAGGGCUGCACCCGCAAGACCCGUGUCAUCGGCGUCGCCUACCACCCCUCCAACAACGAGCUGGUCCGAACCAACACCCUGACCAAGAGCGCCGUCGUCCAGAUCGAUGCCGCCCCCUUCCGACAGUGGUACGAGGCCCACUACGGCCAGCCCAUCGGCCGAAGACGCCAGAAGGCCCAGGCCGCCAAGGAGGGCAAGGCCGAGGAGGAGGUCAAGAAGUCCAACGCCGUCGAGAAGAAGCAGGCUGCCCGACACGCCGCCCGCGGCAAGGUUGAGAGCGCCAUUGAGAAGCAGUUCGAGGCCGGUCGAUUGUUCGCUGUUAUCUCCAGCCGACCCGGCCAGUCCGGUCGCUGCGAUGGUUACAUCCUGGAGGGUGAGGAGCUCGCUUUCUACCAGCGCAAGCUCCACAAGUAA